AUGCCUUCACUAUCGUCACAAUUGCCAAUUAGACGCGUAUAUGAUACUAGAAGCAAUAGGAUAAUAGAAACAAUCAAGUUCAAUACCAGCUCGACUAGUUGCGACUCCAAUUUCAACCACAACAGUGUCAACAAAAUCAAAGUUGAUGUCAAAAUUUCCGCUUUGAGUUAUCCCACUGAUUUUUAUCAUCAGAUCCAUAAUGUUGUUCCAAGUAAACGAAUAAUUGUCAAGCAACAUAACCAUCGAAACAGCAUUAAUGACAAGUCUAAGCGAGGAAAGUUUUUGGUGUAUCCAUACUCCACAUGUCAUUUAGAAGGCAUCCACCUUGAUUCUCCAUGUCGCUGUAAUUUAACUUAUGGUGAGGAUAUAGACGGUGGGCUACAGGGAUCACUUUACGUUCCUGAACUGUUACUUAUUCCCAUCCCCGAUACUGUCAGUUUACACGAUGUUUGCUUUAUCUGGGACAUCAUACUUCCAUUCUACAUUCACUCAACUUAUAUCACACCCCAUAGUACAUGUAUUAUACUAAAUGACAUCAAACGAGAAAUCAAUGAGGUGUUGAUUAUACUAAACCACCUAAACUUUGACCAGCGUAAUAUAACCAUAGUUGAUGAAUCCAAAAUAUCACUGAAGUAUGAACUGAAGUUUGAUACCGUGUUUUGCUUCAAUUCGAAUUUGAGCCAAUUUGCCGAAUUUUGUUGUCAGCAGCCAACCACCAUCGGAUUGGGACUGGGCUAUAAACGGCAACGAAUAUCAAAAAUAUUUACCAAUUUCCCUAUCAUUGCCAAGUCAACCGAUAAAAUAUACCACUACAUGAAACUAGGCAUUGAUGAUAAGAAAUCAUGUGUUGAAUUAUUGCACAUUAUACGAGACCUAAACACUAGUCGGACCUCUAACCAUGGACAAUAUGAUGGUCAUCCAAGAAACAAUUCAACGAGCACAACUGUUUCCUCCUCAUCUUCGAGCGGUAAAUCACUACUACAUGAUCAAAACGAUAACCAAUCAAUAAUAACCACAAAUUCAAAUUCAAAUCCAAGUCAUGAACAGCCACCGCACAACAAGGCCCAUUGUUCGUGGUUUUGGUGUGAUGAUGAUGCAGAUCUAACCAGUUAUAGUGAUUUGAAUCUUAAUAUGGAUCCAAACUUUGAUGAUGAGGAGGAGAAUUGUUACGAAAAUGAAGAGUAUUUUGAAAGCACUGUGGUUCAUGACAUGAAUAAGAAGUUGAAUGAUAGGAAAUCACAUCGAGUAUGCUACUUCAAUCGAAACAUAAAGCCCAACUUGAAUGCCAGUAUAAUCUAG